UAGGCACUGGAGAAACGUCACAAAUCACGUGCCUGGUACGCUUCACUUGGGAAGGCUACGGCCAGCUACGGCUGCGCAUUCCUGAUUUGGCUUUCUCACUGGCAUUGACAUCAGCAUCGGCUGAUGGGGGUUCAUAGCAGCUUUAUCCGUGCGAAGUACACGUAGGUUUAGCGGUGUGCGGUUCUAACCCGGAAAGCAGGCACCUUUGUACGGACGCCCGUUCUGCGCACUUGUGAGCAGCCUUGGUUACAAUGACCGAAAUCACGGACUGGUUCCGCAGUCUGCCGGUGUUCACACGCUAUUGGUUCGGCCUGUCGGUUGUGUUUCCCAUCCUCGGCCGCUUCAGGCUCGUCAGUCCGCAGUACCUGGUCCUCACGUACGACCUGUUCGUCAGGAAAUUCCAGAUAUGGAGGCCCAUCACGGCGGUGUUCUUCUAUCCGAUGGGGUUCCAUUACCUCGUCAACCUGUACUUCCUCUACACGUAUUCGAUACGCCUCGAGACAGGGCUCUUCGACGGCCAUCCUGCAAACUACCUGUUCAUGCUCCUCUUCAACUGGAUCUGUAUAGUAAUUGUAGCGCUGCUGUCUGAUCUCAUGUUGUUGAUGGAUCCCCUCGUCCUGAGUGUGCUCUAUGUUUGGUGUCAACUCAACAAAGACGUUAUUGUGUCCUUCUGGUUUGGGACUCAGUUCAAGGCGGUCUACCUGCCGUGGGUGCUGUUUGCGUUCAACAUGAUCAUCAGCGGCGGCGGCCUGUACGAGCUGAUUGGCAUCCUGGUGGGGCACCUGUACUUCUUCCUCAUGUUCAAGUACCCGCAGGAAUUUGGAGGACGCAACUUGCUGCAGGUGCCCAGCAUCUUGUACCACUACUUCCCCAACCGGGCAGGAGGCACCAGCGGGUUUGGGCAGGCACCCACACCCCGGAGAGAAGGAGCAGACGACCGGGCCGGCGGCUGGCACAACUGGGGCAGGGGCCGGGUCCUGCAGAACUGAGGCUUGCCCAAGCACAGAUGCCCUCCGAGGCCUGCUUUCUUCUCCCAGGCUCUCCGCAGGGGGUGGCAUGUCGGCCACCCAACGCGCGGUCGGCCGUUUCUUGUCAUUCCUUGUUUCCUUUCACUUUGAAGCCUCUCGGGCAGUGGCUGAAGGGGGCCGGCCAGGAACGAUUGGGCCCGUGCGUGCUGCGGGAGAUGUUUGGCACGCCCGGCGGAGCGCCUCUCUGUACAUAAUGCAAAGGAUGGCACGCGAGUCGUUGGUCGCUCUUGUGGAGUCGAAUGCCUCCCAUUCUGGAGAGAUGGCCUUGGCCAUUUGUUCCAGCGCUCACAUCGUUUUUGUACUAGAGAAAAGCCCCCCCUUCUCUGAACGUGCCUACAGCAGGCGUAUUUACGUUGUCCGGCAUUCUCACAAAUUGGCCGAGAAUUUUUUGUUUUGUGUUUUGAGGAUUAGCAAUUUUUUUAGGCUUGUUUUGGCUACGUCUUGCGGGACGGUAUUGUGGAUUUGUUUUCAUUCCAUCUUUUUCACAUUUCAGUGCAAGUUUGGUGUGUUGAUUGUUAAGAGCUUCAAUUUAGCGCAAAUCAUCCCUAUAGCUACGGUUCUCAUUUUGAAAUGAGUGCUUGAAAUAAAAAUGCCUCUGUUCUUCCCUGUC